CAACAGCCAUAUUUGGCCACACAGUCUUUACCAUUACAUCAACAACCAUAUUCGACAAAUCAACAACUAUAUUCAAUAACUCAACAACCAUAUUCGACAACUCAACAACCAUAUUUGGCAACUCAACAACCAUAUCCGGCAACUCAACUUUAUAUGGAUUCCUUAAUGUUAAAUGAAGCGACAUCGAAAUAUAACAAAGCA